AUGCCCCGACUGGCCUGCGGUCAUCCCAUCCUGACCUCUGUCCAAUCACCCACGCCUCGCGAGCCUUGCCCCAUAUCUCUCAACUCCAUCGCCAUCAGUCUGGACCAGCGGCCUCCACGACUGGCCAUCGUGCCCCUGGUUUUCUACCCCGGUCCCGUGCUCAGCUUCAGCCGCAGUCGCAGUCCACUGACGCGUACGAACAGGCGAGGUUAUGCAGCAGCGCAUGAGUUCUAA